AUGGCUGCUCAACGACUUCGAAGCAUGCUUCUAGGGGCCACGGUAUUAACCCAUGCCUUCACCUUGGCGUCGGUACUUCAGCCAACUCCUCCAAUGGGCUUCAAUGACUGGUCCCGAUUCGAAUGUGGCCUAAAUCAGUCUGUAUUCGUAGACACCGCACAUGCAAUGGUCAAUAAUGGACUUUUGGCUGCCGGAUAUAAUCGAAUCAAUUUAGACGACUGCUGGUCGACCUUCGAACGAGCUCCGAACGGGUCUAUGCAAUGGAAUCCGGAGAAAUUCCCGAAGGGCCUUCCUUGGCUCACGAGUUAUCUCAAAAGUCUUGGCUUCACUCCGGGAAUUUAUACGGACGCAGGAAAUCUUAGUUGUGGUGGUUACCCAGGUGCAUACGGGCACGAAGAGCUUGAUGCCCAAACUUUUGCUGAUUGGGGCUUUAAGUAUCUCAAACUCGAUGGGUGUAAUAUGCCAACGGGGACCGAGCAGGAGUACAAGGAGGUCUACGGACAUUGGCAUGAAAUUCUCAGCAGCAUGGAGUCGCCUAUGGUCUUCUCGGAAUCAGCUCCCGCAUACUUUGCAGAAGCCGCGAAUCUGACAGAUUGGUAUGCCGUAAUGGACUGGGUGCCCAAAUACGGACAACUCGCCCGACAUUCUCGAGACACACUUGUCUGGAAUUCCACUGCCUAUUGGCCCGACAUCACAGGCUGGGAUUCUGUCAUGUUCAAUUAUGGUCAGGAAGUGCGGCUAGCUCGCUAUCAGAAGCCUGGCUACUUCAAUGAUCCUGACUUCCUGAAUGUCGAUCAUUUUGAUUAUACUUUAGAUGAGAAGAAGUCUCAUUUCGCUAUCUGGGCUUCCCUAUCUGCACCUCUCAUUAUCUCUGCAUGGAUACCUGGUUUCAGUGCUGCUGAAAUUGAGUAUCUGACAAACAAGGAUAUGAUAGCUAUUAAUCAGGAUCCACUGGCUCUUCAAGCAACACUUGUUAGUCAAGACGGCACAUGGGAUGUUCUAACAAAGAAUCUCGAAAAUGGUGACAGACUACUUACAAUCAUCAAUCGCGGUAACUUCACUGCGAGCUAUACCGUACCCUUCACACGUAUCGGACUUUCGUCAGAUUGUGAAGUCAAUGUGACGGAUCUAUGGACUGGGAACUUUUCCGUAGCGUCCAAAAAACUCACUGCAAGCCAUGUCCCGUCCCAUGGAACAGCAGUAUUCCGAAUCUCAGCAAGCAGCGGGCUAGGCGAUGUCACACCAACAGGCAUGAUCUUCAACACGUACUCAUUGACUACCUUGACCUCAAAAGGCCAAGGCGUAAAAUGGGCGAACUCGACUGGAGUUGACGGGCAAGUAUGGCAAGCCAGCGACGAUGGAACAAUACGAAGCCUUGCCAACGUGAAAUCGUGCCUGACCGAUACUGGUCACGGCAAAGUGACCAUGGCGCCCUGUUCGCGGGGACAAAAUCAGCAGUGGGACUAUCUGUAUUCUGGGAAUGUGAAGAGUAGGAGUUCAGAUUUAUGUCUGACCGAGGCGCCAAAUGAGAGCGUCAUUACUGCGGCUUGUCUGUAUGAAGCCAACAGCCAAGUAUUCGCUUUGCCGAGCGGGGUGGAUGUUGUUGAUAGCUGA